UCCAACUUUCAGAGCAAUCAAAUUUACCUUAAGAGAGAGUGGAAGCAGAGCUGUGGUGGAUGGCAUAGGACCUGGAUACUCACAUUUUAUAACACUGAACAGGACUGGGCUUUGGGGAUAAACCUUUGGAGUGUGAGAGCUGGAAUACAACCUUUUUUUUUUUUUUUUUUUUUUUUUUUUUUGGGGGGGGGGACAAUUCACAGACUUGUGAGGAGAACAGCUCUGAGAAAAAGCAAACACACCAGCCAGUCCUGAUGGCAGGCUCUUGGGGGACAGCCUGCACUGGACUCUGGCUCUAGCAGCCCACGGGGCCCUCACUUCAACUAGGAACAUUUCACAGCAGGACGAGUGCCCAUGAGGUCGUUGACGCUGGUCCUGCUCUUCCUGAUCAGCAUCCAGGCUGCACUCAACUUGGGAGGCCACACCCAAGAGCAUGGGCCAGCCAAUCAGCACGCAGCAACGGAACACGCACCUAGGCCUCGUAGCCAGUCAAAGCAGGAUGAUGACCUAAUUCCAAACGUGGACCCAAAACUCUUCAACAAACGCCGUUACCGCUCACCUCGCGUGCUUUUUAGCGAUGUGAUCCCUACGGAAAGUGAAACGGGAGGCUCCAGGCACCCACGUGUUAGACGGAGAGCUAACGAGUUUUUGCAUCGUGGCGAGUACUCAGUUUGCGACAGUGAGGAGCACUGGGUUGGUAACUUGACCCAUGCCACAGACUUAGCAGGUAACGAAGUCACAGUGCUGCCACACGUUCGCAUUGACAACAUCGUAAAGAUGCAGCUCUUCUAUGAGACAACUUGCCGUGUGUCUAAGCCCAGCAUGAGCCCCAAGCCGGGUCAGGGAGCCAGUGGUGUAAAAGCUGGAACCUCUAGCUGCCGCGGGAUUGACAACAAGCACUGGAACUCUUACUGCACCAACACACACACAUUUGUGCGUGCGCUAACAUCCUACAAAAACCAGAUCGCCUGGAGGCUAAUCAGAAUCAAUGCUGCAUGUGUGUGUGUGCUUAGUCGCAAGUCAUGGAGGAAUGGAAAGUAUUGACUGGUUUCUCAGCUAAUCCAGUGCAGCCUCCUGUCCUAAGCCCCUCCCACCUUUCAAUAACAACCAACACCGGUGUCCGAGAACCCACCCCUUUUAUUUUACUCUUUUUUUAAAUUGCAACCCAGACCCCUCCUACCCUACCUCACUAUGUAAAUUAUUGGUUGUAAGUUAUGAGGACUGCAUGAAAUAUUUAUAUAGUUUAUAC